GGAGCAUGAGGGAGGCUGGGGGGCGGCUCGGCUCGGAACGCUGCUAGGGAGCGGCGCGCGCCGCACACUCGCCGGGGCGCAGCGGAGGGCGGGGAGCCGGGCAGGUCGCGCCAGCGGGCGGGAGCCGGCUGCCCGGAGCUGUUCUGAUUUCCGACGCUGACGCAAGGGGCCCGGAGUAGCCCCCGGCCCCGGCGUGCAGCCAACAUGGGCAAUGCUGGGAGCAUGGAUUCGCAGCAGACCGAUUUCAGGGCGCACAACGUACCUUUGAAGCUGCCGAUGCCCGAACCAGGUGAACUGGAGGAGCGAUUUGCCAUCGUGCUGAAUGCUAUGAACCUACCCCCUGACAAAGCCAGGUUACUGCGGCAGUAUGACAAUGAGAAAAAGUGGGAACUGAUUUGUGAUCAGGAACGAUUCCAGGUGAAGAAUCCUCCCCACACUUAUAUUCAAAAGCUCAAAGGCUACCUGGAUCCAGCUGUAACCAGGAAGAAAUUCAGACGGCGUGUUCAAGAAUCCACACAAGUGCUAAGAGAACUGGAAAUUUCUUUAAGAACCAACCAUAUUGGAUGGGUCAGAGAGUUUCUGAAUGAAGAAAACAAAGGUCUUGAUGUCCUAGUGGAAUAUCUAUCAUUUGCACAGUAUGCAGUAACUUUUGACUUUGAAAGCGUGGAAAGCACGGUGGAGAGCUCGGUGGACAAAUCAAAGCCCUGGAGUCGGUCCAUUGAGGAUCUGCACAGAGGGAGUAACCUGCCUUCCCCUGUGGGCAGCAGUGCAUCCCGCUCUGGAAGACACUCUGCACUGCGAUAUAAUACUUUGCCAAGCAGAAGAACCUUGAAAAAUUCAAGAUUAGUGAGUAAGAAAGAUGACGUGCAUGUCUGUAUCAUGUGUUUACGUGCCAUCAUGAAUUAUCAGUAUGGUUUCAACAUGGUCAUGUCUCAUCCACAUGCUGUCAAUGAGAUUGCACUAAGCUUGAACAAUAAGAAUCCAAGAACAAAAGCCCUUGUCUUAGAGCUGUUGGCAGCUGUUUGUCUUGUCAGAGGCGGGCAUGAAAUCAUUUUAUCGGCAUUUGACAACUUUAAGGAGGUUUGUGGAGAAAAACAACGCUUUGAGAAGUUGAUGGAACAUUUCAGGAAUGAGGACAAUAACAUAGAUUUUAUGGUGGCCUCUAUGCAGUUUAUUAAUAUUGUAGUGCAUUCAGUAGAAGACAUGAAUUUCAGAGUUCACCUCCAGUACGAAUUUACCAAGUUGGGCCUGGAUGAAUACUUGGAUAAGCUGAAGCACACUGAGAGUGACAAGCUGCAGGUCCAGAUUCAGGCUUACCUGGACAACGUGUUUGAUGUGGGUGCUCUGCUGGAAGAUGCUGAAACCAAGAAUGCAGCUUUGGAGAGGGUGGAGGAGCUGGAAGAAAACAUCUCUCAUUUAUCUGAAAAACUGCAAGACACAGAGAAUGAAGCCAUGUCUAAGAUCGUGGAACUGGAAAAGCAGCUCAUGCAGCGGAAUAAGGAGCUGGAUGUUGUGCGAGAAAUCUACAAAGAUGCAAAUACCCAGGUUCAUACAUUAAGGAAAAUGGUCAAAGAGAAAGAAGAAGCCAUUCAAAGACAGUCUACCCUGGAAAAAAAGAUUCAUGAGCUGGAGAAACAAGGGACCAUUAAAAUUCAAAAGAAGGGGGAUGGGGACAUUGCCAUACUGCCGGUCGUGGCUUCUGGCACGCUGCCCACAGGGUCCGAAGUGGCAGUGGGUAACUUUGUGGGACCAGUGUCAGGGGCUGCCUCCUCAGGACCCUUGCCUCCUCCUCCCCCACCGCUACCUCUGUCGUCAGACGCUCCUGAAGCAGUGCAAAAUGGUCCAGUAACACCGCCCAUGCCUCCACCCCCUCCGCCUCCACCCCCACCCCCGCCUCCCCCACCCCCUCCACCCCCUCCACCUCUGCCGGGUCCUGCAGCUGACACUGUGCCCGCUCCUCCUUUACCACCUCCCCCUCCUCCCUCUGCACCCCCGCUGCCCGGGACGUCUUCACCCACAGUGGUUUUCAACUCAGGAUUAGCAGCUGUGAAAAUUAAGAAGCCAAUCAAGACGAAAUUCAGAAUGCCAGUCUUUAACUGGGUUGCCCUGAAGCCAAAUCAGAUCAAUGGCACAGUCUUCAACGAAAUUGAUGACGAGCGAAUUCUGGAGGAUUUAAAUGUAGAUGAAUUUGAGGAAAUAUUUAAGACAAAAGCCCAAGGUCCUGCCAUUGAUCUUUCUUCAAGCAAACAGAAGAUAACACAGAAGGGAUCAAACAAAGUGACGUUACUAGAAGCAAAUAGGGCCAAGAAUCUUGCCAUAACUUUGAGGAAAGCUGGAAAGACCGCCGAUGAGAUCUGUAAAGCAAUUCAUGUAUUUGACCUGAAGACGUUGCCUGUAGACUUUGUAGAAUGUUUGAUGCGGUUCUUGCCAACUGAGAAUGAGGUGAAAGUGUUGCGGCUCUAUGAGCGGGAGAGGAAGCCCGUGGAGAACUUGUCGGAUGAAGACCGGUUCAUGAUGCAGUUCAGUAAAAUUGAGAGGCUCAUGCAGAAGAUGACCAUCAUGGCCUUCAUCGGGAACUUUGCCGAAAGCAUCCAGAUGCUGACUCCUCAACUGCACUCAAUUAUAGCAGCAUCCGUUUCUAUAAAGUCAUCCCAAAAACUCAAGAAAAUUCUGGAGAUCAUCUUGGCCCUUGGAAACUAUAUGAAUAGCAGUAAACGAGGAGCAGUUUAUGGAUUUAAACUUCAGAGUUUAGAUCUGCUCCUAGAUACAAAGUCAACAGACCGAAAGCAGACACUGUUGCACUAUAUAUCCAACGUUGUCAAAGAAAAAUACCAUCAAGUGUCGCUCUUUUAUAAUGAGCUUCAUUAUGUGGAGAAGGCUGCUGCAGUCUCCCUUGAGAAUGUUUUGCUGGACGUCAAGGAGCUGCAGAGGGGUAUGGACCUGACCAAGAGAGAGUACACCAUGCAUGACCACAACACGCUGCUCAAAGAGUUCAUCUUCAACAAUGAAGGGAAGCUGAAGAAGCUGCAGGACGAUGCCAAGAUCGCACAGGAUGCCUUCGAUGAUGUGGUGAAGUACUUCGGAGAAAACCCCAAGACAACACCACCCUCUGUCUUCUUUCCUGUCUUUGUCCGGUUCGUGAAAGCCUAUAAGCAAGCAGAAGAGGAGAACGAACUGAGGAAAAAACAGGAACAGGCACUGAUGGAGAAACUCCUGGAACAGGAAGCCCUGCUGGAUCAGCAGGACCCAAAGUCUCCUUCCCACAAAUCAAAGAGGCAGCAGCAAGAAUUAAUUGCAGAAUUAAGAAGGCGACAAGUUAAAGAUAAUAGACACGUAUACGAAGGAAAAGAUGGUGCCAUUGAAGAUAUUAUCACAGCUUUAAAGAAGAAUAAUAUCACUAAAUUUCCAAAUGUUCACUCGAGGAUCUUAGAAACCAACCAUACAGACGAGCCGAUGCGGUGAGGAGAAGUGUCAGGCGGCGCUUUGAUGAUCAGAACUUGCGUUCUGUUAAUGGUGCCGAAAUAACCAUGUGAACCUGAGAUCUGCCUGUAUAAAGAAGGUGUGCGUGAAUGAAACUGUCCACGUGAACUUUAUGUGCUACCAUUUAACUGUAGCCUUGAACAUAGAUGAAAUAUUCUAAGGGCUCAGAUCUAGCAAACAUAGGAAUUUAAAAAUGUCGGGCUCUCCUUUCAACCUUUGUUAACAAGUGCCUAAAAGUGGAAGUACCUGCUCAGAUUAAUCAAAGCAAUAGGAUUUGAUUUGAUUAGGUAUCUUUUUACACCAGUAUGUUAUUCAAUUUUUUAACCAAAAUAUAAAUUUCAUAUUACAUUCAUUACCUGCCAUUGUGAUUGUCCCAUAAUGGCCCACCCUGAUUUCCUGGUAAGUUGUAAAUAACAUGGAAGAAUAUGCUCUGGGCUUCCUUUGCUGAAAUGUCUUUUAAGGAGUUAAUUUUGUGUUUCAGUCGUACCCAUCAACUUUGUAUUUUUAAGGGCGUGCAACAUGGAAGAAGGAAAAGAAGUCACACAAUAAACUCCUUCUGUCCAUAACUGAGCCCCACCCAGCAAAGUACAAACAGGAUGCAAAUGCAGUGGCACAGAAGUCAGUUAUCUUGUUUCACAUUCUACUUCUGGGCUGGGGUACAUGCCCUGUGAGAGACAGACAUUGGUGUGAAUGUGACCAUACAAUGGCAUACAGAUUGUUGUACAAGACUUACUUGCAGUACUGUGUUCUUCAGCUAGAGGCAGCUUAAAAAAAAUGCAGUUAUUAAUUAGCACUAAAAUUAACAUCUCAGUAAUCAGUGUUAGGACUUCUGAGGACCAUUAUGGGUCAAUCCUGAGAAUAGAAAUCAGUGCCUUGCUAGCAAGAGUUCACUGGCUGUUAUCAACAAGCGUUCAAGAUUACUUCUGCUAAGAGUAGUGUUAGUAACCUGGCUUUGCUAUCCUCUGACAAUCGCAGGGUUUCCCCCCCGCCCCAUUUUUGUAGAUUGGAUUAGAUAUUUGGCAUCAAAGCUAAGAAAUUCUUGUAUUUCCCAGAUUACAUUAAGGGUAAUUACAAUUAAAUUGCUGAAAUGCAUCAGGAUUAAGCUUCAAUAAUAUGUCAUGGGGACUAAUUGGCCAACAAAGCCAGUUAUUUUUCCUUCCUCUCUGGCAGGGCACUUGAUCCAUUCCAAAGUCAAAAACUGGACUGAAGCUAAUUUGUACUUUUCAUAAUAGACAUUCUGCUUCUGGCUUACCUUAUUGGUACAUUACAUCAAUAUAUUAAUUGUAAAGUUUAUUGUAUAGUAUUUAACCACUGAAUUUCUUAUGUUGUGCUUAUGUGAACUCCUGGUGAAGGUCCCAUUUCCCUUGGAUAAUGUGUAGUUAUAUAUCUCUUUUUAAAUGUACAGAUAUUUUGCUAUAAAAUUGGUGCAGUUUUUUAUGGUUUUUACACUUCUCUUUAAUUCCCACCUAAACCUCUGGGUAAUAUUGUAAAUAUUGUUUAAAGAUGCAUCAGCCUAUGCUAUACAAUCUGAAUGUUAUUUUAACUUAUAGUUUUUUUUUAAUAUAUAUAUUUAACUACAAGGACAGUUUAGGGAUCAGUUACAUUUCACUUUAGCAUAUCUAUUUACAUAAAGAUUAAACUGCCACUUGCUAGCACAUUUCCAUAAAUGUGUACCUUAAAAAAGAACAUGCCAAGAUUUUGUCUGACUAAACAUUCAUUUUCAUGGGGGGGAAAAAAAAACAAUUUGACAAUGAGAUGUAACAGAGUUGGUCCUUUAGUGCAAGCAGCUGUUUUCCAGAGCUCAAUACUGAUGAACAUGUUAAAAUAAUUGCCUAUUUAUUAAUCUACACAUAAGAGAAUAAUGUUGGCAUGUUCUUUUCUGUUUGUCUCUUAAUGGGCCUGCUUCUUAGCAAUAUUAGAAAUGUUUUAUAAAAGCAGUUCACGUUACUUUCUUGGUCUUUUCAUGGCAUAUGAGCAAAUAAACUAUUUACACUACUUAUCCUGUAA